AUGCUCCGCUUGUGCGCAAGCAGUGCAGUUGCCCGUACUAUUAUUCGCGGUCUUGCAAAAGAUGUCAAGUUUGGGGCAGAUGGCCGUGCAGCUAUGCUUCAGGGCGUCGACGUUUUGGCAGAUGCUGUUGCAGUCACAAUGGGACCGAAGGGUCGGACAGUUGUGAUUGAGCAGUCCUGGGGAAGCCCAAAAAUCACAAAGGAUGGAGUGACAGUUGCAAAGGCUAUUGAUUUCAAAGAUAAAUAUAAGAACUUGGGUGCGAAACUUGUCCAGGAUGUCGCAAACAAAGCUAACGAGGAAGCUGGUGAUGGAACAACAUGCGCAACUGUACUUGCAAGGGCCAUUGCCAAAGAGGGGUUUGAAAACAUUAGCAAAGGCGUAAUGAAAGCUGUUGAAGUUUUGGUAGAUGAGUUGAAAAAAAUGAGUAAGAAGGUUACUACUCCCGAAGAGAUCGCACAGGUUGCUACAAUAUCUGCUAACGGUGAUGCAAGUAUAGGGGCUCUCAUUUCAGAGGCAAUGAAGAAGGUUGGGAAUAAAGGUGUAAUUACCGUAAAGGAUGGGAAAACGUUGAACGAUGAAAUGGAAAUUAUUGAGGGUAUGAAGUUUGAUAGAGGUUAUAUCUCACCAUAUUUCAUCAACACUGCUAAGGGUGCUAAAGUGGAAUUCGAGAAGUCAUUGAUUUUAUUGUCGGAGAAAAAGAUUAGUCAAGAUAUCGUCCCGGCUCUUGAACUGGCGAACAAGCGCAGACAACCUUUGGUUAUAAUUGCUGAAGAUGUGGAUGGUGAAGCGUUAACAACUCUGGUUCUCAAUAGGCUGAAGGUUGGGUUGCAAGUGGCAGCUGUUAAAGCACCCGGUUUUGGAGACAACAGGAAGAACACCUUGAAAGAUAUGGCUAUUGCGACUGGAGGCACCGUCUUUGGCGACGAUGCAAAUUUGGUUAAGAUUGAAGACGUACAGUUUGAUGAUUUUGGUGAAGCUGAAGAAAUCUCGAUUACUAAAGAUGACACACUUAUUUUGCGAGGGAAGGGCGACGUUGCAGCUAUUGAGAAGCGAAUUCAGCUGAUUGAAGAUGAGAUGGAGCAGAGCACAUCAGAUUACGAAAAAGAGAAACUGAACGAAAGGCUGGCAAAGCUUUCGAAAGGUGUAGCUGUUGUGAAAGUGGGGGGUGCCAGUGAGGUAGAAGUAAAUGAAAAGAAGGAUCGAGUAACAGAUGCUUUGAAUGCAACCCGUGCGGCGGUUGAGGAGGGCAUUGUACCUGGUGGUGGUGUUGCCUUGCUUCGAGCGCUGAAAGCUUUAGAUGCUGUGAAAGGAGAUAAUGAAGAUCAAGUUAGAGGAAUUAGAAUUGUACAGAGAGCAGUGAGAGAACCGAUAACAACAAUAGUACGAAAUGCUGGAAUAGAUGCUGCUACUGUUGUUGAAAAGGUAUUGGCUAAGGAAGAUGUGAAUUAUGGUUUUGAUGCGCUUAAUGCUAAGUAUGUGGAUAUGGUUUCUGCGGGUAUUAUUGAUCCAACCAAGGUGAUAAGGACAGCUCUUCAGGAUGCAGCUGGUGUAGCUUCACUUUUGGCGACGACAGAAUGCGUCGUUACGGAAUUACCUAAAGAAGAACCACCGAUGCCGACAGGCGGAAUGGGUGGGGGUAUGGGUAGCAUGGGUUACUGA